CAAGUGACAUGCAUUCUGCUGAUGGCUGUGGGGACAGCUGUGAUUGGCUCUCUCCAGUUUGGCUACAACACUGGUGUCAUCAAUGCUCCUCAGAAUAUCAUUCAGGGCUUCUACAAUGAAACAUGGAGCAGCAGGUUUUCAGAGCCCAUCCCUCAGAGCACUCUCACCGCUCUGUGGUCGCUCUCUGUGGCCAUCUUCUCUGUGGGAGGAAUGUUCGGCUCCUUCUCAGUCGGCCUUUUUGUCAAUCGCUUUGGCAGGAAGAACUCCAUGCUCAUGGCCAAUGUGCUAGCCUUUAUUGCCGCUGCGUUUAUGGGCUUCUCCAAGCUGGCUGCCUCCUAUGAGAUGCUCAUCAUUGGGCGCUUCAUAGUGGGUCUCUACUCUGGCCUAUCAACUGGCUUUGUGCCCAUAUAUGUGGAGGAAAUCUCACCCACAUCUAUCCGCGGAGCAUUAGGAACUAUGCAUCAACUGGGUGUAGUGAUCGGCAUACUGAUGGCACAGAUCUUUGGGAUGGAUUCGUUGAUGGGGAACGCUGCUCUGUGGCCCCUCCUGCUGGCCUUCACUGUGCUCCCCGCCCUGCUGCAGUGUGUCCUGCUGCCCCUCUGCCCAGAGAGCCCCCGCUACCUCCUCAUCAACUGCAAGGAAGAGAGCAAAGCCCGCAGCAUCUUGGUGAUGCUGCGGGGAACAGACGAGGUGAGCGAGGACAUGCAGGAGAUGAAGGAGGAGAGCCAGCAGAUGAUGAGGGAGAAGAAGGUGACCAUCCCCGAGCUGUUCCGUUCCCCCCUGUAUCGACAGCCCAUCUUUGUUGCCAUCAUGCUGCAGCUCUCACAGCAGCUGUCUGGAAUCAACGCUGUGUUUUACUACUCCACUGGGAUAUUCGAGCGAGCGGGUGUGCCCCUGCCGGUCUAUGCAACUAUUGGUGCAGGAGUGGUGAACACCGCCUUCACCCUGGUGUCUCUGUUUGUGGUGGAGCGUGUGGGCAGGAGACCACUUCACCUCACAGGUUUGAUGGGAAUGGCAGUUUCAGCUGUUUUUCUGACGGUUGCCAUGGCGUUGUUGGACCAGCUCAAAUGGAUGUCCUAUGUCAGCAUUGGGGCCAUCUUCAGUUUUGUAGCCUUUUUUGAAAUUGGCCCCGGCCCCAUCCCCUGGUUCAUCGUGGCUGAGCUCUUCAGCCAGGGGCCCCGGCCAGCUGCUAUUGCAGUCGCUGGUUUCUCUAAUUGGUCUGCCAACUUCUUGGUGGGGAUGAGCUUCCCGUAUGUUGAGCAACUCUGUGGCCCCUACGUCUUUAUCAUCUUCACCAUCUUGCUGCUCGGCUUCUUCACCUUCACCUACUUUAAGGUUCCAGAGACUAAGGGCCGCAGCUUCGAUGAGAUCACAGCAGGCUUCCGGAAGUCUGCAGGUCCGGGUGCUGGCAAGUACUCUGCCCCUGAAGAGUUCAACACCCUCAGGGGAGACGACCCUGACCUUUAAACACUGCUGUUCAUGCACACACUCACCUGCAGCC